AUGCUCAAUGCUGCUGGCUGUCCUGGAACCAAGCCUUCCAGAGACAUGCGAGUAAAGCGAGAAUCAAGCGAAGUUGCUGCAUUCCGAGAGUUCUAUUGCGGCCAACAGUUCAAAGCCUGUCGUACUGCUUCUAUUUAUACAAUUGGCAUAAGUUUGGGGCUCGGA